AUGGGUAUCGAAGAGUUCCAGAAGGUCAUCAUCUCCGAGGGUAACAAGACCGAUUACCCUCCCAUUGGAGCUAUGAUUGAGAUGCACUACACCGGUUGUCUGUAUGACGCGGAUGCGCCCAACAACAUGGGCACCAAGUUCGACAGCUCCUACGACCGUGGUACUCCCCUUCCUAGCAAGAUCGGUGUCGGCCGCCUCAUUCAGGGCUGGGACAUUGGUGUCCCCCAGAUGAGCCUGGGCGAGAAGGCUUACCUCCGCAUUCCCUUCCACAUGGCCUACGGCGAGCGUGGCUUCCCUCCCGUCAUUCCCCCCAUGUCCGACCUCGUCUUCCAGGUCGAGCUCGUCAGCAUCUCCGGAAAGCGCGCUUAA